AUGUCAUUUGAAGAUAACGUGUGGGAAUUUGACGAAACACCACAACACCCAGCCCUCCUCCUACCAAGUCCACUAGUAAAACAAAUAACUGAGUGCCUUGAUUCGCAAGUCGAUCGCCUGAACCUAUGUCUGGUGCACAGAGCCUGGUCCCCGACAGCCAUCGAGGUGUUAUGGUCAGAACCAGUGUUCAAGUCACCAGACUCUUUUCUCUUGUUCAUACGUACGGUACAACAGUCGAAGCAAUGUGCCCUUCGCGUUCACAUUCUUAACAUGUGCGCCCCAGAAGAACAAGAGAAACACGCAUUUGUACCUGUACUGCAGUCGCAACGUGAAGAACAUUUGGUAAUGCAACCAAUGCUCAUGUCGAAACCGAAUAUUAUUAUGAACAUCAUUAGGCUGUGUGAGAACCUCGAGAGCUUAAAGAUAUACGGGUGGAAUUUGGAUGAUAAGCAUAUUUAUUUGUUGCCUCAAUAUUGUCGACGUAUCAAGAAUAUUCGCAUCAUCGGAAACGCACAAAUCACUCAGCAAGCUUUAUACUCGCUGACUAAUUCUCUGGCAAAAAAGCUCGAGGUUCUCGAUUUGGACGCUGAAUUUAAUCUUUCAGAUAAUUUCGCCGAUACACUGGCUAUCAAAUGCCCGAACCUAAAAACGCUCAAGUUUUCCACAAAGACAAUGUCUUCGAGAGGUUUUGAUAUGCUUGCUGCUAAACUCUAUAACCUACGUAAAUUAGUGCUGCAAGAUUGUCCAAACUUGACGGACGAUAAUUUAAGUCAUUUCAUCGAGAGUAACCCUGACCUUACCGAAAUUGCAGUGCACGGUGACCUUUUAACUAUUAAAUCAUUUAAAACAAUCUUGUGUUCGCUGCAAAAUCUGCGGCGGCUAGACCUGCGUUGCUCGCCACAAUCCCUUAUUAUUUCUCAUGACACGAGUUGGUUUAUGCCAAUCUCACGGGGACUUCUUGUUCUCCUGUUGGAUUGCCUCCCUGUCGACGAUGAAUUGAUUCAUGCCGUGUCAAACGCUUGUAAGCAAUUGGAAAAAUUCGGACUAUCGCGGUGUCCUUACGUAACUAACGCAUCUGUUAAAUAUGUUGCGGAAAAUGCAAAAAAUCUACGUUUCGUUAAUUUUCUAAAGUGUCCAAAAAUAUCCGAGAUUUGUCUCAAAGAUCUAGGAUGCUCAGCUAAUAACACACUCAGGGAACUGAUUGUAGAUUCAUGCGGGGAAUUUUCCCGAGAAGCUAUCCAUUGGUUCGCCGGCACUUCACCUCGACUCGAGAAAAUGGAAAUCCACGGUUUGCAAUCAAUAAUUGAUUCCGACCUUUAUAAAUUCUCGAAAGAAUAUAAUUCUAACUCGCAAGAUUCCAUCAAUCUUCUACGAUGUACUUUCGAAGGUGAAAAUAUCAAAAAGCUUGCUGAUUAUGAUAUCAGUAUUCCAAUGGAGAUUUUAAACAAUACUCAGCAUGCACACAAGGACAAGUUAUUGAACUUAUUAACCCCCGAACACACAAAAUCAUCUGACUCAAUUCUUAUAAACGAAUCAAUAAUCAAUGAUUUAGCUUGUGAAUUGGGGUUGAAUGUGGAUACAUUGAAUAAUGCUUUAAAAAAAGUGCUUGCCAAAUCUAAAUUUAAUUCCUUGUUACAUCCGGCGGCGGCUACUGCUGCUUCUGCGACGACAGUUUCUCACGCACCAUCUCGCUCACACAGAGAAAAGGAAACUGAAAAUCAAGUCUCAAUUUCUAAUAAAGCAUCGAAGAGCAACGCAGACAACUUGGAAGCAAAAAUAAAAUCAGGUCACACUGAGAAGAAACUCAUCGAUGAUAAAAAACCGUCAUUUAUCGAAGCACAACAAAAGGAACGUACACCUCCAAUUAAGUCUCCUACCUCUCCAAAAAGAAAAGAGUGGUCUAAUGUGCUUCAAAAAACCAAGAACGGAUGGUCAACUAUCUAUGUUAAAUUGCCUGGUAUGUAUCGUAGCUCACCCAAAGAGGCACAAGCUCCUGAAGCAUCUUCUCCUAUUGUCCACGAAGCUAUCGCCGCUAACACAGAAGAGCAUGCGUCACCUUCAAGUACCAGUUCGGAAAAAAAUGAGCUUUUUAUAAAGUUGAAUGACAUUAAAAAAAAUGAGCCGGUAAUAUCUUCGAAUGUAACUUCAAAUGUCGAAGAUGUGCUGAAGAUCUCUUCCGACGGAACAGUCAAAAUUCCCGAGCUCGAAACGACAUACGAUGUACAUCAUGAAACUGUAACAGGAACGGCAGCUAACUCCAAUACACAAUCCGAGAAAGUGGAAGUCACUCAAUCUCGAUUAUCGACAAAGCCACAAACCCAAUCCAUUAGCGACCAACUGCAAAACACACCAGGCAGAUUGGAAAAUUUUGAAGUAAAGCCGUCCAGUUCUCCAGCAUGGAAUAUUCAAAAUGAUUACGAAAAAGACUUAGGCAGAUGGCAUGUUCAAAAUGAUUACGGAGAAGACUUAGGCGGAUGGCAUGUUCAAAAUGAUUACGGAGAAGAUUUAGGCGGAUGGGAAGAAAUGGGUUCUACAUCAAUGUUCGAUAUGAAUAAAGCGGCGAGAAAUAAUACAUUUGAUAAUAUGGAACUGGAUUAUUCUGACGAAAAUUCUUUGAAUCAAGAUAGUAUUGUAUUUAAUCAGUCUCAGCAGCGAGAAACCGACAUUGAUGAAAAAAAGUGGCCUAGUCUUGCAGAUGCUUCUCAAAUUAAAGAUAAGGACACUAAAAAAGGAAACGAUGAUCUUGAUGCAUGGGGCUCUUCAAUAAAUUUUACCUCCGCUUGGGGUACACCCAAAAAAUGGAAAUCCGAAACAGAGGAAGUGAAGGUUACGACUGCACCACCAGCAUGGAACGCCAACGAUGUGUAUAAACUAAAAUCCACACCACUUCCUGAACCGAAAUAUUUCAAGCCAAAGAAAGUGAAGUCAACGAAUUAUGACCUCGACGACAGAGAAGGAUGGGGUCCCAUUCCAGAAAAUUGUAUUCCGUGGACCGACCAAGCGCGGCAAGGAUAUAAUCACGAACUAAUUCAAGAACAGAACGAAACUAUAUACCAUUCUAAAAUUGAACAUAAAUGGAUCAAUUGCACCAACAAAUAUAAUAAUAGCAAAGAGAAUCCGGAAGAGGAUACUCGAGAUCCUGAAGAUCUGGAUGAUACAUUAAAGAAAGGGAAACGUACACGCGGCGACGGAAAUACUUGGGAAACAAUUCGUGAUAACACACGAGCUUUCGAAUCACUGGAAGACAAUGCAAGAAAGGAAUUAGAACCCAUAAAAGCGUUUUCCUCAAUCAUGCAGAAUUUGAAAGCCGAUAAUUAUAAUAAACCAAAUUAUGAGCGCCUUGGUAAUCCGCAAUGGAAAACAGAAGAGGAAUGGCGCAAAUUUGUUAAACACAAUAAACAAGCAUCAAGCAAUAAUAAUAAUCUUGACAUUGAUCCAGAUAAUAAUAAUGAGAUUCCUAUAUUAUCCGAAAAUGAUGAUAAAGAAUAUGACGAAUCUGACUUGGAAGACACGAACCGAAUAAAAGAUACUUACGAGGCCUCAUUGAAUGAAUCAAAAGAAGCCAAACAAGAGGAGAGCUUAUCGCCAAAUAUUGACUCUGGCCAUGGCUCAGAAGAAGAAGCCCUUAAUGACAAAACAAAAAUGGUUCCGUGCAGACUCGAAGAAGAUAAAGAUCAAAUUCAAAGAAAGGAUGACAAAGACCUGAUAGAUACUUCGGUUGUAACAACUGACGAGUCCGCAAUCUCUACUAUUAAUGAGAAGGAUGAUAAUAAGAAUAGCAAUCAUGUAGUUUCUGAAAAAUCUUAUAAACAGGAAGGAAUUACUUCAAAUGAACAAGAUUCCUCAAAACGAUCCACAUCAGAAAAAAAUGCUAUUGAUAUUCCUAUCGAAAUAACAAUUGAAGUCCUUGGGGGUGGAAAGCAAUCUCUAGUUGUUCGCAAGUCGGACAACUUGGAACAGAUAGUCGAUGAAUUCUGUCAAAAAUGGCAAAUGAAAGAGUAUGAAACAUCCCUGCAAGAGGCCGUCAAAAAGAAACUCAAAUCUAAAUCAAAGGCGAAACGUUCCGGCAGCAAAACGUCUCUUCCUUGCUCUAAUAUGACAGCCAUUGAUAGCGUUAUGCCAAUUGGAUGA